GCAUUUCUUGUAACGAAAAAAUAAUAAUACAGUGUCACAUUUUGGGAAAUCUUGCUUACUAGUUUGCAUACUAGUACAUCAUUACUGGCAUACUGGUCCCGGUAUUGAGUAGAUCUAAGCCUUGUACAUCAUGUAGAUCAAGAGAACAAAACACAGCCUUUCCCUCAAUGAAACAAAGACCUACUAGUGUUCCAAUACUGGCAGCCCUUACAUCUUACAUGUAAUGUGCUGUCUCAUAAUGGUGUCGGUAUGCUAUCCUAGUUGGGGACAGUAACCUCAUUUUGCUUUCUUGGUUCUUGGUCUACAUAAUAUUAUCGUUGCUCAAAUUCAUGGUACCAUAAACUGGUAGAAGUCCACAAAAUGGUAAGGUAUAGGGCACCUCUCGAAAGUCAAAUCAUGCGGUAUGCUGCCAUAGCCAGAGUAUCUGGCGCUUGCUGCCAUAGUCAGUACGGUAGAUACGAGGGCAUCCUGGGGUGACGGUGCCGAGAGUUACUAGUAGUUGUCCUUGCCUGUUUUGUGAGAGGCGUCCAACGGUACCGCGAAGAGUACGGUAUACCGGUAGCUAUCCUUGACCUUAUAUUAGAAAUUUUGUAGGCGGUAGUGCGACCAUGGCAGGCGCCCCGUCGUGCCUUUGGGUGUCUUGAUCUUGACCGAAAAAACAAAGGGAGACAGCGUUACAGCACCGAACCUUAUCCUCGUCUCUUCUCUAGUCACCAGAGACUCGACUCGACUGGGCUCACUGUCAAGGAUUGGGACAGAGUGCUAGCUAGGUAGUCAGCAAUCGUAGCUCUAGUAGCUACACAAUCGGAUCUGGAUCUGUUCAGCAUCAUCAGUCAAGGCACUCUCUCAUUCAUCGCCCAGACAUCAUCAGCUCCUCCCAAUCUAGCUAGUAUUCGGCAUUGGCACCGUUUGGCUUGUUUCGUGCGACGACGACAGAGAGAGCUCAAAGCUGCUAGCAAGUUCUUUGGUGUGUUGCACAGUCAGUAGUUGAUAUCCAAUUCAAUUCAAGUCAAUUCCAGCGAAGCCAAGCCAAGCCAAGUCGACAAGAUGAAUGGCCAAAGCAAUGCGUUGGGUGGCUCCGGGUCCCGAAAUGCCCGUGAGGAGCAAGUGAUGUACUACAUGGACCCUGACCACCCGGAUAGCUUCACGCCGCGUAUCUCAGUUGCUACUACCAAGGCAUCCGGAAAAGUGGAGAAAACAUUUCGUCAAUUCGAGGCCAGUGAUAUGGAACGUGUGCUCGACUACGAAGAUUGCGUCGAUGCCCCCUCGGAUGGGAUCUUGAUGGUCGGCGAAGAUGAUGGCAAUGGAGGAUACAAAUUCCCAAAUCGACACUGUUGUCUUCGUGGAAAUUUCGUCUUUUACUUUGACACGGAAGAUGUCGACGACAAAAGUGGACCCUACUCAACCUACCACGCGCCGCCGUUGGGAGUAAUUCCGUUGGAUAACAUUGACAUUCAAUUUCCGCCAGGAGGAAGGCGCGUCUUUCGGGAACAUGCUCACACCGAUGCCAGAAAUGGAUACGAAUAUGUCGUCCUUCAUGAACCGCCAGAACUCUCAGACGACGAAGACAACGCAGAAGGGGGCGAAAUUGUCGCCGAAAAAAAAGAAGUAGACCCUGCCGCGGAAGGGGAAGAGGGUGACCAGCCAGAAGAACCUGCUGGACCAAGCGCUAGACCGCCCAUGUUUUUGGUGGCACUCAGCUUGGGAGAGCGACAACAGUGGGCGGAAGCUAUCGAGUCAAGAUCCAAAAAUGCCGGACAGCCAACAAUGCUUCGAGCCAGCUACUCCACGUCCCGUGCAACUGGAUCCAAGGGCGAUGCCAAAGUGGCUUCUGUGAGACAGGAUGCAUCGCAAGGAGACCGUCGAAAGUCCACUAAAACAGGCGACAAAGAAGGAAAAGGAAAGAGUCUAUUUGAUUCAGAUGACACUGAGGUCACCUCGGCGGUCAAUGAAUUUGGAGCAAAUGGAUUCUCCGAAAUAAAAUGGAUGGACACAUUCUUUGAAAACAACAAUGAUUAUGAUGCUCCUGACAAAUGCGACCAAAUGGAACACUUACAAGCAAGUAUCAAAAAGAAUCUCAAGGCGGCCGUGCUCGAGCAGUACGAGUAUUUCGUACAGGCAUCGGGAGAAAUGACCACCAUGGGCAAGGAAGUUUCCUCUCUUAAAUCACUCGUCGAAACACAAAUGGAAACUAUCAGAGAUAUGAAAGAGAUUGACUUUUCGGGAACUCUCCGUGACUUCUCCAAGGACGUACCAGAUGGCAUGGGAAUGGAAGAGGAUGGAUUCAAAACAAACGGAAAGAAGGGGAGGCGUCGGCAACCAGGUCCCUUUGGAGACGAAGAAAGUGAAAUCUCGUCCGUGUUGGAUGACCUCGGCAGCAACCAUGAUUUCAUGCGGGGAAUCGGCAAAAACGGAGCGAAUCAGAAUCAAGCGGAUGCACCUAAUGAAACCACGGAAGACCCGGCACAGCUCAUUGAGGUACCGACAUGGCUAGAUGAAGUUGGCGAGGAAGUGGCAGCCUUCGUGAAGGAAAGCCGCUACACAGACGCAAUAGACUUAUGGACAAAGGCGAAAUCGGAAAUUGCAGAGUUAUUGGACAAGCACGAAAAUCCUGUCCAGCUUUGGCUUUCUAGCGCCCACCAAACACAGCUGCGGGCUCUUCAAAAGACCCUAGAUACAUUAUCAAACCAAAUGGCUCACAGGUUAGAAGAGAGCCUCCGUCGCAAGAACGAGGCUCUGAAGCAAGCAUCAAAGCGUGAAAGGUCCGACCCUCGUGGAUCCAUGGCGCCAAUUGUGUCCCCUUGUUGUCUCGAGGAUGAUGCAUUGCCUUUGCAACUGCUGGUGAGACUGGGAAAAACACAAGAGGCAGCAGCUUCUUACUCCGCAAGAAGAUCGCUGCUCUUACUCGAGAGUUUGCACGAGCAACCGAUCUCUGGAGCUGGAAAUGUUGACUUGGUCAUAUAUUCGGCUCAGCUGAGUCAAAGUUUCUUUUCUUGUCUUGCCAGCGCUGUGGAGGGCUUUCUGGAUCUUUUCAUGGCAGCGGCUCCUAGUCUACAUGGGGAGAAAGAGGAUUCCAGUCUGGGGAGCUCACUGCACUCGUCUUCGACUUCCAAAAACAUACCUGCUGGUGCUGUCGCGUCGGUUGUUCUUUGGUGUGACGGGGAACUGUCCAAGUUUGCAUCUGCCUUUGGUGGUGCUCGAAUUCUUGCAAAUCUGGCCUUAUCCCCGCCCCCUCGUAAUGCUGGAAAGCAACCACGCGUUGUCGAUGGCCACCUCGAUCCAAGUGGAAACAAAGAGAGACAGAAUGCAAUAGAGGUGGCUGCCCAAUGUGUCGAUCAGGCGUUUUCAUGCGCCUCACAAAACUUGGACUCUGUCGGUUUGCCCCUGACGCCUCGUUUGGCAGAAUACAUUCGCUCCCGGUUAAAGGGAUGUGAAGCAGAGGUAGCUACACUGCUGAGCGAGCAGUGGAGCCAUGUGACACUUGACUGGCAAAAUCAACAAAUGGACGAGAAUGGUGACACAAGUGUUGACGUUUGAACAGCAAAUUGAAUAGUUAAACCAGUACAUUAAGCCUUUCUGCAUUGAGUUCAGACCAUGUCAUGAUUUGACUUUCGAGAGGUGCCCUAUACCUUACCAUUUUGUGGACUUCUACCAGUUUAUGGUACCAUGAAUUUGAGCAACGAUAAUAUGUAGACCAAGAACCAAGAAAGCAAAAUGAGGUUACUGUCCCCAACUAGGAUAGCAUACCGACACCAUUAUGAGACAGCACAUUACAUGUAAGAUGUAAGGGCUGCCAGUAUUGGAACACUAGUAGGUCUUUGUUUCAUUGAGGGAAAGGCUGUGUUUUGUUCUCUUGAUCUACAUGAUGUACAAGGCUUAGAUCUACUCAAUACCGGGACCAGUAUGCCAGUAAUGAUGUACUAGUAUGCAAACUAGUAAGCAAGAUUUCCCAAAAUGUGACACUGUAU